AUGGCCACCGGACAGCCUGUCACCCUCCAAGAGGUAGGUAGUUGGAAGUACCAAGGCUGCUACGAAGACAAUGUCAACCAGACCAGGACUUUCUUCUGGCAAAACUUCUUCCCGGACGUCAUGACUCCCAAGAUGUGCCUGGACAGGUGCGCUGGUUUUGGGUACAUGGCGGCAGGGCUUGAGUAUGGCCAGGAAUGCUACUGCGGGGACCCCCAGAACAUCAUUGUCAACAAGUCAACCAAGAAGGACGAGAAGGAUUGCGGCGUUCCGUGCGUCGGAAACUCGUCCGCGCUGUGCGGCGGUGGCUCACGCCUUUCCACCUAUUUCUGGAAAGGAACGCCAUUCUAUUCAUGGAACUUUCCGGCAGCGGGAAGCCCCGCGGCCGGCUCCUACGAUUUCCUCAUUGGCGGCACCAACAUCCCCCUCAUCACGUCUCAAGCCAUCAACGGCAAGGUGACUUUUCUGGAGAAAUUCGGCACCGGCCCGCCCAACUCCACCGGCGCGUACGAGUUGGAUCUGUCCGAGAUUGAUACUUGGGACAAGGCUUGGCGGACCAUGCACGUCAAGACGGACGUCUUUUGCGCCGCCGGCCUCACGCUUCCUGACAAGGCCGGCCGCCAAAUCAAUAUUGGCGGCUGGUCCGGUGAGUCGACCUUUGGCGUCCGCUUGUACGCCCCCGAUGGGAAAGCCGGAACCCACGGCAAGAAUGACUGGGAGGAGGACGCAAGCAUCCUCACGCUGCAAGACGGCCGCUGGUAUCCCACAGCCAUCAACAUGGCCAACGGUUCCAUCCUCGUCAUCGGUGGACAGGUCGGCUCCAACAGCGCGGCCGUACCGACGUUGGAAAUUCUCCCCUACACGGGCACGAAGCCGCUGCGCAUGGACUGGCUGGCGCGGACCGACCCAAACAACCUGUACCCCUACGCUGCUGUUCUGCCUUCUGGUGGCAUCUUUGUUGCUUACUGGAACGAGGCGCGCAUUCUGGACGAGAAGACCUUUGCCACUGUCAAGACGCUACCCAUGAUCCCCGGCGCUGUCAACGAUCCGAAGGGCGGCCGCAACUACCCUCUCGAGGGCACUGCUGUUCUUCUCCCCCAGCACGCUCCGUAUACAGAUCCACUUGGUGUUCUUAUAUGCGGCGGCUCGACCAACGGACCGGGAAAUGCUCUGGACAACUGUGUUAGCAUCUACCCAGACGCCAAGAGUCCCAAGUGGGAGCUUGAGCGUAUGCCCUCUCCCCGGGUCAUGAGCUGCAUGGCGCCUCUGCCGGAUGGUACGUAUAUCAUUCUCAACGGCGCGCAUCACGGUGUUGCCGGUUUCGGUCUCGGUAUCGGCCCGAACCUCAAUGCGCUCCUGUACGAUCCGAGAAAGCCGCUCGGACGCCGCAUCACGGUCAUGGCCAACACCACCGUCGCGCGAAUGUACCACUCGGAAGGACUGACACUCUUGGACGGGCGUGUGCUCGUGUCCGGCUCCGAUCCCCAGGACGGCGUCAACCCCCAGGAGUACCGCAUCGAGACCUUUAGCCCACCGUACCUGCUCUCUGGCAAGCCUCGUCCCACAUUCACCAUCAAGAACACCGAUUGGGGUUACGGCCAAAAUGUAAGCUUUGAGCUGGGAGGCAAGGCUACCAAUGGUGAAAUCACCGUGUCGCUCCUCGGCUCCGUCUCCAGCACGCACGGCAACUCCAUGGGUGCACGCACUCUGUUCCCUAAAGUGUCGUGCUCGGGAGUCUCAUGCACUGUCACCGCGCCUCCUGGCAAGUAUAUUGCACCCCCAGGCUGGUAUCAAUUCUUUGCUCUGGACGGCGGUAUCCCUGCUGUCGGUGUCUUUGUUCGCAUCGGUGGCGACCCUGCCGGGCUUGGGAACUGGCCGAAGGGGGAUGCGUUCACCCGGCCGGGUAUUUGA